GGGGGGGGGGGGGGGGUGGGAUGUACUCCCCAAACGGACGCCUUCCCUUAGCGUCCUUCUUUCCAACAGCCCUCUCGGCCUUCUCUCCGUCGGAACACUGGAAACCCCGUGCGCUCCCCCUUACAUUAUAAGUACUCCCUCUCGGCCCCGGCCUGGCCGAAACCCCGGUUCUAGGGUUUCGAAACCAAGAAGUGGUCGAGUUGAUCAGGGCUCUAUUUCUCCGCUCGAUCGAAGGGUCGGCACCUCCCGGGGAUCGCCUGGUCAUGGCAUCCUUCCGGCCGUUCCCCCCUCCUCCUCCGCCCCAGUCAUCCUUUCCUCCGCCGCCGUCGCAGGCGCCCGCCCCGAACCAGAAUCCCCUCGCUCCGCCCCUUUCCAUGCAGCCUCCGAUCGGUCACCGCCAGCCCUACCCCCAGUACGGCCGGAUCCCCCCCAACCAGGGCUUUGCCGACCCCUUCAACCGCCAGAGGAAUCAGCAGCAGGCUCCGCCUCCUCGGCCGCCUCAUCAGCCGCAGCAGCAGUACCCCUACGGUCCCCCCUUUCCUCCUGCGCCGCCGCUGCCCUCCUCCUCGUACCCUCCGCCGCCGCCUCCUCAGCCGCAGCCCUCUAUGUAUUACUCUUCCUCUCAGUAUAACCCUCCGGCUCUGCCGCCCCCGCCUCCCCCUCCGCCGCCGUCCUCCCCUCCGCCGGAUCCUUCCCUCCCUCCCCCGCCGCCUCCCCCCGUUGCCCCUCCAUCCGUCCCACCCCCGCCUCCUCCUCCUCCUCCCUCUCACUCGACCCAAUCCAUGCCGGCUAAAGAAGCCCCUCAUCCCGGGCGUCAGCCGAUGCCCUCCAUCCCGCUCAAACAGCAGAAGCCCCCUUCAGGGCCUCCGGUGGCAGCACCUCCGGCAGGGAGGGAUGCGGCCCAUCCGGGGGGCCCAAAUGGGCCCUCCGGCAGGGUGGAGACGGAGGAGGAAAGGAGGGCGAGGAAGAGGAAGGAGUAUGAGAAGCAGAAGAUGGAGAACAAGCGGCAGCAGAUGCUGAAGCAGUCACAGGCCACCGUGUUGCAGAAGACGCAAAUGCUGGCAACGGGCAAUGCAAGGCCGCAUGGCUCGAUGGCAGGGUCACGCACGGUGGAGCGCCGGACAACCCCGUUCUUGAGCGGGGAGAGGGUUGAAAAUCGGCUGAAGAAGCUAACUACAUUCCUCUGCAAGAUGAAGUUUAGGAAUGAGUUGCCAGAUCCAACUGCACAACCAAAGUUAUUAGCUGUGAAUACUGAUAAAGACAGAUAUACCAAAUAUACAAUCACAUCGUUAGAGAAAAUGCACAAGCCCAGACUCUAUGUUGAGCAAGAUCUUGGGAUACCUCUCGACCUACUUGAUGCUAGUGUAUACAAUCCUCCCAAAGUGCGUCCUCCCCUUGCAUCAGAAGAUCAAGAGUUAUUGCGUGAUGAUGAGGUAGCAACACCUAUCAAACGAGAAGGUAUAAAGAAGAAAGACCGGCCUACUGAUAAAGGUGUUUCGUGGUUGGUCAAGACUCAAUACAUUUCUCCGCUGAGCACAGAUGUGACUAAACUUUCUUUAACUGAAAAGCAAGCAAAGGAAAUGCGGGAAAACAGAGAAGGUAGGAAUGCUUUCUUGGAGAAUCUUAACAACAGGGAAAAGCAAAUACAGGCCAUUGAAGAAUCUUUCGAGGCAGCCCAAUUACCUCCUAUCCAUCAAACUAAUCCUAAAUUACAGGCUGUGGAGAUUCUGCCUUUGUUACCUAAUUUCGAUCGGUAUGAAGAUCAGUUUGCUAUGUUAACCUUUGAUGGAGAUCCAACAGCUGAUGCAGAGCAAUACAAGAAAUUACACAAUUCUAUUCGUGAUGAGCAUGAAUCACAGGCUAUAGUGAAGAGUUUUGUAGCAAAUGGUUCGGAUCCUACAAAACCAGAGAAGUUUUUGGCAUACAUGGUUCCUGCACCUGACGAGCUGUCAAAGGAUAUGUAUGAUGAAAAUGAAGAUAUAUCAUACUCCUGGGUUAGAGAGUAUCAUUGGGAUGUAAGGGGUGAUGAUGCUGAUGACCCGACAACUUACCUCGUUACUUUUGACAACAAAGCUGCCCGAUAUUUGCCUCUACCCACAAGGCUUGUUUUACAAAAGAAGAGGGCGAAAGAAGGAAGGUUUGGAGAUGAGACUGAGCAUUUUCCUGUGCCCUCAAGGGUGACUGUGAGGAGGAGAUCAGCUGUUGCUAUUGGAGAAUUGAAGGAGCAUGGAGAAAUAUCUGUGAAAAAAGAUCAGAUAGAUAUUAUGAGUUUAAAGGGGGGAAGGUUUUCAAGGGAUGAUGACUUUGAAAGACAGCAUAAACUUGCACGAUUGGAUGACAUGGAUCAGUUCAGCGGGGAGGAAGACAUGUCUGAUUAGUUACCAGCAAUGCAUCAACCGUCCCAUGUAAAGAAUAUUUAUCUGUCAAGAGAUGUAUAGUACUGGACUAUUGUUAAUCCAGGCAGAGAUACUGAAGCACAUCCAACCACCAUAGAUGUUAGGCGAGGUGGUAGUGUUUCUCCAUAUGUUUGUUCCAAUCAUAAGGCAUGUGCUUGCAAGUGAUGGUUGGCUUUUGUGGUAAUAAAUGAAGCUUGAUUUAAAAUGUUGCAGGCAUAUACAAUUGUAUCGCUACAUGUUGAGUUUAUUCAUAAUGAUAGAUGUCCUAUUCUGUUUUUCA